GGUGUUUGGAAGUGCCAUGUCGGGCCGGGAAGGUGGCAAAAAGAAGCCCCUGAAACAGCCCAAGAAGCAGGCCAAGGAAAUGGACGAGGAAGGUACGGCUUUCCAGCAGAAACAAAAAGAGGAACAGAAGAAACUCGAGGAGCUAAAAGCCAAGGCCGCGGGGAAGGGACACCUGGCCACAGGUGGAAUUAAGAAAUCUGGCAAAAAGUAAGUUGUUCCUCAUAUCUGAGAUGAUGGUGACCCUCUUCCAUUCCCAUUUAAACAUCUGGAUUCCCUGCCAUAACAUCUUUGCCAUCUACAGCUAGAACAAAGUGUUAUCCUGGAGCCUGUUAAACAUCUGGAUUCCCUACUACAACAUCAUUGCCACCUAUAGUUAGAAUGAAGUGUUAUCCUGGAGCCUGUUGUACAUUGUAAUAAACUUUUGUUAAAAAAAUAAUAAUAAAAUAAAUAAUACAAAUG